GAAUGCCUUGCACGCGGCAGCAUUAUGGCGUCUGCAUUUUCCCUCCAGGAGGAGAACGACUGAGCGGCAGAGGUUGUGGAUUCUUCUUCCUAUCAUUGCUUCCCCUCUCCUCUUCCUCACCCUUCUCCUCCGCUUCCUCCUCACCAUCCUGACACCUCAUAAGACCUGGCCUGCUACCAGCAUGGGGUGUCGUCUCACUCGGACCAAGCAUUUUCUAGGUGGCCUCCCUUAUGUGUCACCCCUCUCGCUAGUCACGACAACCGACCCACCAUAGAAACUGCGAUGAGCGGCAGCGCUUCAUGGAGCGCAUGCACUGGGAGGGCAAAAUGGGGCAGAGUUACUGGAGGAGGCGCGUGGAUCACAAGAACCCCUCAGAGAGACACUGGGAAGCACUGAGAAACAUUGGACUGGUGGAGGCUGAGGAGGGCAGAGGCAGAUACAACGCUGGACACUUAUAUGACAAUAUGUAUACUGGCAAUAACACCCUGAUGAUGUCACAAGACAUCUAUCCAACCAACGGGGACAUGUCCAGAGGGUCCAGCACACAGCAUCACGCCACCAACUACCUGCCCGGCGUCUCCUACAGCUUGGACCAUCUGGACCGCCUGGACUACCAGGCUCCAGAAAUGUCGGCGUAUCAGCCCACUUCCGAAAGUUGUCUGCUUGGCUGUUACAACACUGGAGAAACGGAGCAGAAGAAUUCUUCCAGACAGUCCAACUACUACCCCACCUGGCGUCCUCUGGGCUACAUUUCCCUCAAUGAGCUGGACAGCCGACUGGGCUGCGACCCUGACAGCCCACAUAACCGGGUGCCACUCUCUGAAGCAGAGACGGAUGCCAUUUCAUCACUUCCGGGCCACACCCCCUCCUCUCAGGGCUCCUCCUCUUCCUCCGAGUCGCUUGUUUCUUCAGAACCCAGCGACUCAGGUUUCCACAGCGUCAGCACUGGUGAGCAUAGGUCUCGCCACAAAAACGCCCAUCACCUACUGUUGGGCCACUCCCCCUACAAGCAGAGAGGCCACUGGGAUCUGGAGUCCAUCCCUGAGACAAUGCCUAUGAGCGACACGGGGGCGCAGCAAUCUUCCCGCUGCAUGGUGGGCAACAGCACAACCACCAGGGUGCAUUUCAACCGAGCGGAGAAGAGUCCCACAUUGCCUUGCAAGCGCUCGCUACCUUCGCCCUCCCCCGGUUGUCGUACUGAGCCCUGUCAGCGGAGGGCAUUGUGGCUGGAGCAGCACCAAGCAAGAGGCUGUACCAUUGAGGUGCCGGGAUGCAGUCGGACCGUAAUGGAUCUGAGUGAAGCCCAGCAGCAUCGCAGGGCAAGUCACCCCAUGAAACCAAACCUGGUAACGAAGCAGGUCCAGAAUAGCCAACCACAUCCAGCCAAUAACACGCUGGCUCUGAUGAGCCAGGAUAGCUAUCCUGCUUACCUCAGCAUAGACAGACCUAGCCUGACCAGUCACCAGAGAACCAGAACUGGCCAGAGUGCAGGCAGCAAUAGAGAAGAGGACACCAGGAGUCAUAGCUUGGUUUCUAGUGGCUCAACAGACUGGCGUACGUUUCAGACUCUGGGAAACCAAGUCAGAAUUCAAAAAGGUUCUGCUGGUCCUUAUUACAACACCCUGGGAGCGCACAGGAAACCCCGGUCUCCACCUUCCCCCCACUGUCGCCAGUCCAAUCAGAAGUCCGUCAGGAAUCAGCUGCUCCGUGCCCGAGCUUACAAGCUGGCGCGGGAACGCAGCGAGGUCACCACUGAUGAGGAGGUGCAUGGGGACGGAGAGGGACCAGGAGACCACCUUGGGGUUGACGGGCCCUGGGCCGGCCGGUACUGGAACCGGGCUGAGAGGAGACGUCACCUGGUGCUGUCACGGCAACAUAGAGAGCGGCGCAGUGGUGAUGAGCCCAUGGGGAGUGGAGGACAGAGCUCUCUGUCUUCCCAGAUGGUUCUGGAGCUGAGCCACAGGAAGCAGAACCGACUAAGGAACAGCAAGCUACUUGAUGAUUGGACAACAGUGGAGGAACUGCUUACACAUGGGACCCGAGUGGAGGUGGACAUUCAACUGUGCCCCAGCCCUCUGCUGUCUGUUACUACUGUCUGAGGGGGUGGAGCCUCAUACCUAAUGAGCCUGACACAUCUAUCCCAUUCAAGUUUAUUUGUUUGUUGGUUCACAAUCAACAGAAGUCAGGUAUCAUGUUGACACUAGGGGUAGCUGUGGAGACCACACAAGAUAUCCAAAUGGACCAAACUUUAGAAUUGAUUGAACUGAAGGUUUACUGUGAUGCUCAGAACACAUCAAAGCCAAACUAGACACAGCAGGACUACUUGUGGGCCACAAGACACCAGUGGGUACGCCUUUUCA